GGCCCGGCCGCCAUGGAGGCCCCCGGCCGGUAGAGGAGGAGCGGGCGGCGCCAUGGACAAGAUCCUGGAGGGGCUGGUGAGCUCCUCGCACCCGCUGCCCCUGAAGCGGGUGAUCGUGCGCAAGGUGGUGGAGUCGGCGGAGCACGGGCAGGACGCGGCGCAGUGCCAGGCCAUGUUCGCGCUGACCGCCCGGCUGAUGCUGGAGGGCCGCGACCCCUUCCAGCGCCAGGUGGGCCGCCAGGUCCUGGAGGCCUACGCCCGCCAUCACCGCCCGCACUUCGAGGCCUUCUUCAGCCCGGCCUUCGUGCUGGGCCUCCUGCGGCGCGGCUCCCGCCCGCUCGACCGGCGGGACGUGGCCGUCGUGGACCUGGUGCACACCGGGCUGCGGCUGCUCCGCGGCUGCCCGUCCGGGCUGGAGCUGUGCGGGCUGCUGCGGGGGGAGGUCCUGCGCCUGGUGGGCGAGCGGCCCCGGCCGCCGCUGUGCGCCCGCCUCUGCGACCUCCUCUCCGACUUCGCCCAGUGCGUGCCCCAGGGCCCGCCGGCCGUCGCCUUCUGCCAGCAGCUGGUCCGCACCCUGGGACGCUUCCAGUGCCCCGCCGGCCGGGAGAAGGAGCUGCGGGAGUACGUGGCGCAGGUCACCCGCGUCGGAGGGCUGCUGCACGGCGUCUGGAAGGCCCAGCCCUGCACGCUGCUGCCUUCCCUGCAGGAGGUCUUCGCCGCCAUUUCGGCCACCGAUACUUCAUAUGAACCUUCUGUUGCCCUGGCAAGCCUGGUGCAGCACAUUCCCCUGCAGAUGAUUACGGUUCUCAUCAGGAGCCUUACCACAGAUCCAAAUGUAAAAGAUGCAAGUACGACUCAAGCUCUGUGCAGAAUGAUUGACUGGCUCUCUUGGCCCUUGGCGCAACAUGUGGAGACAUGGGUGAUUGCACUACUAAAAGGCCUGGCAGCAGUCCAAAAGUUUACUAUUCUGAUAGAUGUCACGUUGCUGAAAAUCGAACUGGUUUUUAAUCGACUUUGGUUUCCUCUCGUGAGACCUGGUGCUCUUGCCGUUCUUUCCCACAUGUUGCUUAGUUUUCAGCAUUCUCCAGAGGCUUUCCACUUGAUCGUUCCUCAUGUGGUCACCUUGCUUCGCUCUUUCAAAAGUGAUGGCCUACCUUCCAGUACUGCCUUCUUAGUGCAGUUGACAGAAUUAAUUCAUUGUAUGAUGUAUCACUAUUCAGGAUUUCCAGAUCUGUACGAGCCUAUUCUGGAGGCUAUUAAGGAUCUUCCCAAACCCAGUGAAGAAAAGAUUAAAUUGAUCCUCAAUCAAAGUGCCUGGACUUCUCAAUCAAAUUCUUUGGCAUCUUGUUUGUCUAGACUUUCUGGAAAAUCUGAAACUGGGAAAACUGGUCUGAUUAACCUAGGAAAUACAUGUUAUAUGAACAGUGUAAUUCAGGCAUUGUUUAUGGCCACAGAUUUCAGGAGACAUGUAUUAUCCUUAAAUCUAAAUGGGUGCAAUUCAUUAAUGAAAAAAUUGCAACAUCUUUUUGCCUUUUUGGCACAUACCCAGAGGGAGGCGUAUGCCCCUCGGAUUUUCUUUGAGGCUUCCAGACCUCCCUGGUUUGCUCCUCGAUCCCAGCAGGACUGCUCUGAAUAUCUCAGAUUUCUCCUAGACAGACUCCACGAAGAAGAGAGAACCUUGAAAGCCCUGUCUUCACUUAAGCCUCCUGAAAAUCCGGGGUCUGAAGAGAUGACAUCUCAAGAGGUAGCCAACCAGACCCCACCAUUUGCAGAGAUCUCUUAUACGAAGGACGGAGAGAAAACAUUAAUAGAGAAAAUGUUUGGAGGGAAGCUGCAAACUAACAUCUGCUGUUUGAACUGCAGAAGUACUUCACAGAAAGAGGAGGCCUUCACAGAUCUCUCUCUAGCGUUUUGUCCCUCCCCCGCCGCAGAAAACGUUUCCUCGCAAGGUUCGGCCCGUUCUCCAGGGGUGCAAGCCGGUGUAGAGUCAGCUGUACUUCCUGAAGAACCAGCACCCUGUCAUCCUCUCACGGCGGGCUUUGGCUAUGAAACGGCUAUGAACGAAGGAACGUUAGACGAUAUCCCCUCGGAACUUCACCGUACUGACGAAAACACUUCCGCCUCUGAAGAUCCCUACAGAUUUCAGAGUAAUAGAGAGGCAUCUCAGAAACCGGGAGGUGAAAUGACUCCCUCAGUUACCGAUUUGCUAAAUUAUUAUCUGGCACCAGAAAUCCUGAAUGGGGAUAACCGAUACUAUUGUGAAAACUGUGCCUCUCUGCAGAAUGCAGAGAAAACUAUGCAAAUCAUGGAGGAGCCUGAAUAUUUAAUUCUCACUCUCCUGCGAUUCUCAUAUGAUCAGAAAUGCCACGUAAGACGCAAAAUCCUAGACAACGUGUCACUGCCGCUGGUUUUGGAAUUACCGGUCAAACGAACUACUUCCUCUUUAACUUCCGUGUCCGGAAGUUGGGCCGUAGAUGUGGAUCUCCCUGACGUGAGUGAGAACCUAGCUAAAAAACUGAAGCCCUCUGGGGUUGAAGAAGCAUGCUGCCCGCAAUCGAUGCCCUAUUUGUUAAGCUCUGUUGUUGUUCACUCUGGCAUAUCAUCUGAAAGCGGACAUUAUUAUUCCUAUGCCAGAAACAUCACAGGUUCAGAACCUUCCUUUCAAUUGUGCCAUCAGUCUGAAACUCUGGCUUUAGCUCCCCCUCAGGGUCAUUUGUUUGGGGGAGAGGUUCCCAAGCAAGUUGCCGAACAGGACCUGGGCGACAAGGACGGGUCGAAAGAAUGGUUUUUAUUUAAUGACAGCAGAGUGACAUUUACCUCAUUUCAGUCGGUCCAGAAAAUUACCAGUAGAUUUCCAAAGGACACCGCUUAUGUCCUGCUGUACAAGAAACAGAAUAGCACUAGUGGUUUCAAUGCUAGCUCAUCCAACGGACUCUGGGUAAAUGGAGAUCCCCCUCUGCAGAAGGAGCUUAUGGAUGCUAUCACGAAAGAUAAUAAACUGUAUUUGCAGGAACAAGAGCUGAAUGCCCGAACCCGGGCCCUCCAAGCUGCUUCUGCCUCUUGUUCAUUUCGCCCCAAUGGAUUUGAUGACAACGACCCCCCAGGCAGCUGUGGACCGACGGGUGGAGGAGGUGGGGGGGGAUUCAGUACUAUCGGCAGGCUAGUUUUUUAAUCGGAGGAGCAGUCCCACAUGCACUGAUCAUGAAACCGCAUCGAACACUUAAUGACUGUUAAAUGUCUGAAUCAACACCAUAUCUAGCUUUCUUUUAAAAAAAAAACAAAUUAGAUCCUUGUACCAAGAAAAAUUACCUAGUGCUGAUUUUUAUUUUCUUGACAAUUCAUUUAUAAACAAAAUGCAUCAUUGAAAAAUCUACCUCUUAAAAGUCCAUUUGCUUUUAUGGUUAGAUAUGCUUGGCCAAAAGAAAAUACAACUUUCCAAGGAAAUAUGUACAUGGUCCCUAAUUGAUCUGCAUUGAAUUUAGAAGGCGCGGUUAAACUGUUCUGCCCCUAGUCGUCUACUGAGUGAAAGAAAGAUCACUCAUUCGAUGUACUUUUAUAGGAAAUAGAUAUUGAACUGAGCAAUGAUUUUGGGGGUGGGAAAGGAUUCAGAACCUGUUUGGUUUCAUGCAUAAUAUUCCUAGUAUUACAUUUGUUAGUCCAUGAAAAUAUAUCAGAGAUGAUGCAACCUCUAAUGAAGGCAAUAACUUGAAAUCUGUCCCGCUCCGGUUGUCUUUCCAGGUUUAGUGCUGCUGAAUUCAGAUGCGCUGUAUUUGCAUUUCAAAUACAAAUGUUUAAAAAGGAAAAGGACAUUUAUACAUGUUUGCUAAAUCAUUUUCAGGAAAAAUGCAUGGUCCUGUAGAAGCAAAAUUUUUAACUAGAAAUUGUUAACUUUGUAGUAUUUCUAAUUGUUUUAAGGGAUUUUUAAAUUCUAUUUCAGGGAGUAUACUUGCUGUGUGUGUGGAAGGAGGUGGGUUCUGAUUGUGCCUUGCAGUACUAUAAUUCAAAAUGCGAAUUUUCCUGAGGCCGCAGAAAAGUCGAAGAACACAAAAUGCUAGACGUGAACUCUUGUGUUGUCUAUUAGAAUUAUUAGAGCUCGCUGGAGAGGUCUUAGCUUUUCCAGAAGUAAAGUCUAGUGAUUCUAAAACUAAGUUCGGCCGUUCAUUUUCAACUCCUGAAAAUCAAAGGAAUUCAAAAGUCAAGUGUAAUUUUUUUUUUUGGACCGCAUUAAAAGGAAACCCCUCUAA